UGUUCAACCACAUGUUCUAAAGAUGAUAGGUUAUCUCGAGUAUUUAGAUACUUUGGGUUUCCCGAUUGGUGCGGAAGCUCAGAUUGAUUUAAUCUUGCAAUCUUUGAACAACAACUAUGCUCAUUUUGUCAUGAACUACAAUAUGAAUGAGAUAGACAAAACACCCACUGAAUUGUUGGCUAUGUUACGAACUGCUGAAGCCAACAUGAAAAAGGCUGAGCCUGCCUCCAUAAUGAUGGUGGGCAAUAAAGGCAAGGCUAAAGGGAAAGGCAAAUGGAAGGGAAAGAAGAAGAUUGGAUCUACUUCUGCUCCCAAGCCAAAGGCUAAUCCCAAACAGGCUUUGAAGCUUAAGGGUGCUAUUGCAAAGGGUGAUUGUCACUUCUGUGGUAAACCAGGUCAUUGGAAGAGGAACUGUCAUGCUUAUUUGGAGGAUCUGAAGAAGAAGAAGGCUGCUGCAGCUUCUGAUUCAGGAACUACAAAGGAGUAGGACCUUGGCUAAAGGAGAGGUCGACCUACGAGUUGGCAAUGGAGCAAAGGUUGCUGCUUUGGCUGUAGGGACUUAUUAUUUAUCAUUGCCCACUGGGCUUAUUUUAGAACUUGAGAACUGU